CUAACAAAAGUAUAGGACCCCUUUAUGUAUACAGUAUGUCCAACUAUUCAGACACACAGCAUACUGUAAGUAGAAGAGCCUCACAUCUACCCCUGAUCCCCACACCUAUUCAUCAUAACUGAGCUCUGACAUUGAAUGAAGUGCAGGAACUGCUGGAGGCUUUGGAGAGCGAUCGAUUACUGGGCGAUCAAUAAUUACACCAAGGGAAAGUAUUGAUUUGUUGUAUUUUAGCAACAGUUAUGUCUGUUCAAUUCCAAAAAUAUACAGUGUAUACAGCGUAAGAUUAAUGGUCUAUGUGUCCUGGAUAAAUAGUGAAUAUAUAAGAUAUAUGGAACUAAUAUGGAUGCUGGGCGUCCAUUGACCUCUACCCAACGUCCUAGAGGAAGAAGGGAACCAUCUCACGUGUUAUUCUGUUUUCUAAAUAAAGAACUCAUGCCUGACACUGACAUCACUGGGCAAUGGGAUGGUUGAAGAACGUCAUGGAAAUCCAUGGAGAUGUCCUGGGGACAUGGAGAACUCAAUAGAACAGGCGGGUAGUGACACAUAGAGAGGAUACACCAGAUGGACAGGCUGGAGACAACUCCAGAGCAUUGAGGCAAGGUUGAGAUCAGGAAAAAUCUUAUGGGGUGGUCUUCAGAAGAAGCAGGUAGACCAUACAUAGGCUAGGACGGGUAUGUAUUGACCUACCUUAGCUAAUCUUCGAGCAACCAUUCCAGUUCCACUAGGCAGGAAUAGAGAAGGAAUUGGUUAAUUACAUAGGAAACCAUUUUUGGGUUCUAAACUGUACUAACUGCGAGCGCUAUGUCUUGCACCAUCAUCUGGCUACAGGUCAGGUGAGGAAGUCCACCUCUGAUAUGUGGACAUUGUGGGUAGGAUCUGACCCCUUGCCGUGGUAUUCAUAUGUUUCAUUCGAAUAGCUGACCCUGUUCUAGAAAGUAUCAGUAUAUUGUAGGAAGUCCUCGGAACGGCCAACAACAAGAGAAAGACCAAGAAGUCAUUUCAAGGCAGUGAUCGAAGAGAAGGAUGAGAACAAUUCAAGAAGGAGACGAAAGUGAAGGGAAGGAGGAAGCCUCAAAUGAAGUGGUUAGGAAAGAAAGUUCCACUCGAAAUAUGAGGGACUCAGUAGGACAUGAGGACUUCGAAGAGUUUGUCCUGAACUUUGAUGACUAUGAUCUUUGGGAAUCCAUCAAAACCCAUCUAUCCCAACCUGAUGGAGACGGCGUCCUUCUUAAUUUGGAUGAACCUCCAGUGCUGCGCAGACAGCUGGUAACAAAGAACCGCACCAGCCGUAAGGAUGCCACUGCCAUCCCACCACUGACUAACUGGGCCAAGAAAAAAACUGAAAAGAAAGCGCCCCAUGAGGUCUUUGUGGAGCUGAACGAGCUGGUGUGUGAAGGAGUCCAUGAAAUGCAAUGGAAAGAGACGGCUCGCUGGAUAAAGUUUGAGGAAGAUGUGGAGCAGGACACAUCUCGAUGGGGAAAACCCCAUGUGGCUUCCUUGUCGUUCCGUAGUCUGCUCGAGCUCAGGAAGACCAUCACCCAUGGAGCCGUACUCUUGGAUUUGGACCAGACCACCAUGCCUGGAAUCUCCCAGAUGAUCGUAGAGACCAUGGUGGUUUCUGACCAGAUCAGAGUCUACGAUCGUUCUAAUGUUUUGCGGUCACUUUUGUUGAAGCAUAGCCAUCCUAAUGAUGGAAGAGAGUCUCACCAUCCUCGUAACACAUCCACUUCUGGUCCAAGCAACCAUGUCACACCCAACAGCCCAUCCAAAGAGACCACCACCAAUAAUUCCCAUAGUGACCAAGACAGCAAGCAGAAAGCAAUGAAUGGGCCGGAUGGUCACCGUAUGAAACACUGGAAGCUCAUGGAGAAGAUUCCGGAGAAUGCAGAGGCCACUGUCGUUCUUGUGGGCUGUGUGGAGUUCCUGGCCAAUCCCGCCAUGGCAUUUGUGCGUCUCAAUGAGGCGGUCCUGCUGGAAUCGGUUCUAGAGGUGCCAGUUCCUGUCCGGUUCCUGUUCGUUUUGCUUGGUCCCUCUCAGUCUAAUAUGGAUUACCACGAGAUUGGCCGCUCCAUCUCUACUCUCAUGUCAGACAAAGUUUUCCAUGAGGCAGCGUACAUGGCCGCGGAUAGACACGACCUCCUGAACGCCAUCAAUGAGUUCCUUGACUGCAGUAUGGUUCUCCCGCCGUGUGAGGUGGAGGGGAAGGAUCUUCUUCGCUCUAUUGCUACUUUUCAGAAGGAUCUACUGAGGAAGAGGAGGGAGAGGGAACAUCGCCGAUCAGCCAGGGAGCACGCCGCCCCCAAACUGACCGGACAACCUGAAGAAGACACUAAUGUCAUGAAGCCGGAAGAUAAUGAUGAUGAUGAUGAUGAUGAUGAUGAAAGUGAGCUGGACCCCCUGGAACGCUCAGGAUUUCUGUUUGGGGGGCUGAUUCGGGACAUCCGCAGGCGGUAUGUGCAGUACUGGAGCGACAUCAAGGACGGGCUGAACAGUCAGUGUUUUGCAGCCGCGCUGUUUAUCUACUUUGCCGCCCUGUCUCCGGCUAUAACUUUUGGAGGUCUCUUAGGGGAGAAGACUCAAGGACUGAUGGGGGUGUCAGAGCUCAUAGUAUCAACCUCAGCGCUGGGGGUCAUCUUCUCCCUACUCGCCGCACAGCCCUUACUCAUCAUUGGGUUCUCCGGACCACUUCUUGUCUUCGAAGAAGCAUUUUUUAAGUUUUGCCAAGUGCAGGACAUAGAGUACCUGACCGGACGGGUGUGGAUUGGUUUCUGGCUGGUCCUGUUUGUCCUGGUCAUGGUGGCAGCCGAGGGGAGUUUUCUGGUCCGAUAUAUUUCUCCCUUCACACAAGAGAUUUUUGCUUUUCUCAUUUCCCUCAUCUUCAUCAAUGAAACUUUUUACAAGUUAUAUAAGGUUUUUGCAGAUCACCCCCUUCUCAGGACUUACCCAUCUGGAGGGCCAGGUAGUCGUACAGCCACCCUUGGUCCUCGCAUGCAACCCAACACAGCUUUACUAUCCCUCAUCCUGAUGUCAGGAACUUUUCUCAUCGCUUUCUUCCUACGGAAAUUCAAGAAUAGUCGCUUCUUGGGAGGGAAGGCGAGGAGGGUUAUUGGGGAUUUUGGGAUUCCCAUAUCUAUUUUAGUAAUGGUCCUUAUCGAUUACACCAUAACUGAUACUUACACACAGAAAUUAAAUGUUCCAUCAGGCUUGUCUGUCACCUCUCCUGGGAAGCGCGGUUGGUUUAUCCAUCCUAUGGGGACAUCGAGCCCUUUCCCUCUCUGGAUGAUGUUCGCCUCAGCUAUUCCAGCUCUUCUGGUUUUCAUCCUCAUGUUUAUGGAGACUCAGAUCACAACUCUCAUUGUCAGCAGGAAGGAGAGGCGCCUGCAGAAGGGCAGCGGGUUUCACCUGGAUCUUCUUCUCAUUGGCACCAUGGGUGGUCUUUGUGCCCUCUUUGGUCUGCCAUGGCUGACUGCAACCACAGUGCGCACUGUCACUCACGUUAACGCAUUAACUUUGAUGAGCAAGACUGCGCCAGGAGAGAGGCCGCGAAUCGCUGAGGUUAAAGAGCAACGAAUAACAGGACUACUGAUCGCCAUAUUAGUAGGAUUAUCCAUAGUAAUGGGAGAGAUGCUGCGUCAGAUCCCACUAGCUGUUCUUUUUGGGAUUUUCCUGUAUAUGGGGGUGACAUCUCUCACUGGAAUUCAACUGUUUGAGCGACUUCUUCUUAUCCUCAUGCAUCCAAAGCAUCAUCCGGAGCAUCAGUAUGUGGUGAAGGUGUGCACAUGGAGGAUGCAUCUCUUCACCUGUGUCCAGUUGUCCUGCAUUGUGCUGUUGUGGGUGGUGAAGUCCUCUCCAGCAUCACUCGCCUUUCCAUUCCUGCUCAUCCUCACAGUCCCACUGAGGCGGUUCGUCCUGCCACGCUUUUUCCAUGAGAGAGAACUGAAAGCUUUGGAUUCUGAAGAUGUUGAACCAAACUUUGAUGAAGACGGUCAGGAUGAAUACAAUGAGCUCCACAUGCCGGUCUGAGCUCUGCCCCUGGAGCCCAUGAUCCUGUCCGGUGCCAUUCUUCCCUUCAUCGUGAUAAUCCUACCUUUCCGAUCUUUACAGAGCCCCAUCCCUAUAACAUGCUAAACCCUAGAGAAGCCAUAGACAAAACAGGGGAGCUGGACAGAAGCCAAAUGAUCUUCUGUAUGAAGGAUUGUUCCAAUAUCUUAUAGAAGGUUCUGCCACCGAAUGAUCAAAUACAAACAAUUGCCUUAAAAGUGUCUCAUGGCCUGAAGACUGUUUCCGAGAAACGAUUUGCCAUCUAAUGUCUAUGCCAAGAAGUGAACAUAAGAAUAGUGCCCCCAGUGGUCUGUUUGUUAAAGGGGUAUUCCAGGCAAAAACUUUUUUUUAUAUAUCAACUGGCUCCGG